GUUGAAAAGCAGUUCAUUAAGCUAAUUACUAGGAUGAAUGGGUUGUUCCGGCUGGGACCCGCUCCUGGGAUUCGGGGGUGAAAGAUGUUGUGAAAUAUCACUGUUACUCAAUGAGAAAAUUCACUGCAGACUCUUUCACAGCAGUUGAUGGGUGUUGUGGGUAUCAGUUUAUGUAAGCAAUGCCCUUCUAAAUGGGAGACAGCUAAUGAUCUUGAUUUGGUUUCACAUUUAAUUAUUAAAACCUAUUUUUAAUUGCAGAUCUUAUAAUGAUGAACAAAAUAAUUGGUGCUGCAAUUAUUAUAGGACUGCCAUUUCCUGCAGCAUGUAUUACAUUGAAGCUCCUGCGGUAUUGUACAAUGUUCUCAGGGAAGACGUUCCACUGCGCCGAAUGGGGACCCCACCUAUAUGCAUCUCCAAGAUUCAGACGAUGUCUGCCUAUCGUUAGAGUUAUUUUGUUAAUUUUCUUCAUUUUCAACGUCAUCGCAAUCACUUCCCAGAUGGAGUCGCCAGGCCUUACACUAGAGGACAUUAUAAUUGCUGCUGCAUCGAUGGUGGGACUGGUACUUUGUCAAACAUAUGCCAUUAUGUUUCUCUGCUGGACAUUUAAGGAGUUCCCAGGGGACAAAUGGUGGUGGUGGCGCCUGAAAAUCUGCCACGUUGUGUCUCUUGUUACCAUCCUCAUUGCUUUCAUUUGCUUGAUUGCAUUUAAAGGUGAACGUUGUGAGAGCAACCUUUUUACCUGGAUACUGCCUGUUCCGCUAAUGCUGGGAUUUCUGUCAGCAUUACCCAUGGCACUUCCAGUUGGCCACAGCAGAAGUAAUGGAACUCGCAGAGCCAACCAUACUGAAAGAGAACAGGUAUUUUAUUAAGAUAAAUUGCUGCUGUAUUUUUUGGGGGGUUCAAAAUGAUCGUUUACCUUGCCCUCUUUCUUGCUCU